AUGGCGAAAGCAAUACAAAAAGUUUUCCCAACUUCUGUUCACCGGUUGUGUGCUUGGCAUCUUCAGAAUAAUGUAACUAUUAAUGCGCCUCAUCCUGUAUUCAAGUCCAAGUUCAAUGAACUACUUUAUCAAUAUUGUACCGAGGAAGAUUUCGAGGAUACAUGGAAUAGAAUGGUUUCAGAAUUCGAAUUUAAGGAUAGUAGAUGGGCAACAACUACCUACAAUAGUAGGAGGAGUUGGGCAGAAUGUUUCCUACGAGGGCAUUUCUUUGGGGGACUAAGAACUACUCAAAGAUCAGAGUCAAUUAAUUCCUACUUGUCCCACUUCCUGACGAGCAAACUCAAACUUAGAGAUCUGGUUGGCCAAGUAGACAAGGCCAUACAAAGUAUUCGUCACACAGAAUGGGAAGACGAAUUCAUCAGCAACCAUAGUACGCCACAAUUACCAUCGAACAUCCUCCGACAGUACUAUGAACAGGUGGCUUCGAUUUUGACAAGGAACAUGUACAAAAAAGUUGAGGAACAGAUCACGAGUGCCCUGGCUUACUCAGUCGACUCCACCAACGUAUCCAUUGACUUCAGGUUCUACUCACUGACGUGGUUUCCAAAGGGACUUGUACGAAGUAGGGUGCGCUACCAUAUUGUCGAUGGUCAUAUAAACUGUACGUGUAUGUUGUUCGAGUCGGAUGGAAUUCCAUGUCGACAUAUAUUUGCAGUUAUGAAGCACCUCAACAUACCAUGCAUUUGUGAAUCUCUUUAUAAGGACCGGUGGAAGAAGGAUGCGAAAAACACGAUUGGGUUAAAAAAUCUAUCCCACUCAAGGGUGCCACCGGAUGUGGUAGUUUGUACAAGAUGGGGAUCUUUAACUUCGCGUUUCAAUGCAAUGGGAUACUAUGCCACAAAACAUAAUGAAAAUUUUGUAGAGGCAAUGAAUGAAAUGUCACGUAUGGAACAAAAAUUUAAGUCAAUGUCAGUGGAGAUCUAA